UGAAGUAAAAUACUCCAAAAUAUCAAAACUGUGACGAGGAAUCCCACCUUCUCUUUUCUCUCUCCUAAUUUCGUCACCCCCACUGCUCCAUUGGCGCUUCUCUUCUUCCCUUCUUUCUCCUUAUCUUCAUCACUUUUUUAUGUUUAUUUAGUUUACUUUCACGAGAAGAAGGGAAACCAGAAAUUAAUUAGAGAGAUCAAUGCCAAAUUCGGGAUAAUGAAGUUCUGUAACGAAUACGAGGAGAUGAUGCAGAGGUUGGGGCAGAGGAAAUUGCCUCGGAUUGGCUGUGGGACCCUCAACAAUAUUUUGGAAAGUUGCAGAAAACAGCUCCUCCAUUCACAUACUGCUGAUGUUCGUGACAAUCAAGCUAAUGCUGACGGUGUUUCUGCUGACUCACAGCCCUGUUCAGUGUGCAAGGGGACGUUUUUCCCUCCGCUUCUCAAGGAAAUCCAGGGAGUAGUCAGAUUCUUCAAUAGCAGAGUGCAGGCACUGCUUGAUCGUCACUUACCAUCGGGUUGCUGCAAGUGCUUUCUUUGGUUGGGAGAUAGAUUACUAGGAACUGAUGUUGAGCUUAUUCAAGAAUGUGAAACUCUUAUUGCUUAUGCUACCAUUAACACCAUUGCUGUGCGCAGAUUGCUCCAAAAAUACGACAAGAUUCAUUAUUCUAAGCAAGGUCAAGCUUUCAAGUCGCGUGCUGUAAGCAUGCAGGUUGAGAUCCUUCAGUCACCGUGGCUCUAUGAACUUAUGGCUCUCCACAUAAAUUUAAGAGAGGCUAAAGCAAAUAUGGGAAGUGCUCCUCUACAAUUAGAUGGUUUCAAUCUGAUAUUUGACAAUACGAAACCAUCUCUCUCUUUUGAGCUCUUUGAUUCAAUCAGUCUCAACAUUGAGUUAACCUGCUCGAUAUGCUUGGAGACAUUAUUUGAUCCUGUAUCUCUUGGCUGCGGUCAUCUGUUUUGCUACAUGUGUGCGUGUAAAGCUAGUUCAGUGAGCGUAGUGGACGGGCUCAAGGCAGCUAGCGGGCGUAAGAAAUGUCCAGUUUGCCGUGAGGUGGGAAUAUACGAAUCUGCUGUGAAUUUGGAAGAAUUGCAUAUCCUAUUGAAAAGAAGGAGUUAUUUGGACAGUUGGCCUGAGUACUGGGAAGAACGCCGCAAAAUGGAGAAAGCAGAGAGAAUUGAGGAGGCAAAGCAGCAUUGGCAGUCUCAGGCAGCUCGAUUUAUGGGUAUUUGACGUUGAGAGCAUCCACAAUGCUAGCCUUGUAUUUCACUCACAACCUCAUUUUUCAGCUGCCACGUCAACCUUUUUCAUUUCAGCUCCAACACCUGCAAGGUUGCAAUGCAAUCAGCCCCAUUUUAUACAUCACUUCCCUUGUAAGUAUCAUUUUUUUUCAUUUUCAUUUUCCUUUUCCUUUUCGGCCCUCCCAAAUAUGCAUGUACAUAAGUUUGUAAAACUUUGUUAAUAACCUUUGGACAUGUUAGUGGUGUAAUUUUUUAUAAUCCAGUUUACUUGUAGA